AUGGUACCGUUAUAUGAAGAAGCGGGUAUUAUUAUGGAUGAUGUGUCUGGAGUCAUUUUAUUUUAUGAAGAUGUAAUUAACGAAAUGAAAGGUUCUUAUAAUAGUCUAUAUGAUAAUAUGAUAUUAUUAAAAAAUAAAAUGGAAAAUAUAAAAGAACAAAAUAAAAUAAUUAUAAAAGAAAAUGAUUCUAAGGAAAAAUAUUUUAAUAGUAGUAAUAUGUUAAAUGAUAUAUUAUGUAACAAAUUGGGUUUGAUUAAUAUGACGACGGAGAAUAGGAAUAAUGAAGGUGUCAACGAUAGGGAAAAUAAUAAUAAUAAUGACGAUGAUAAUAACAAAUAUGGUGAUAAUAACAAAUACGGUGAUAAUAAUAAAUAUGGUGAUAAUAACAAAUACGGUGAUAAUAAUAAAUAUGGUGAUAAUAAUAAAUGUGGUGAUAAUAAUAAAUACGGUGAUAAUAAUAAAUACGGUGAUAAUAAUAAAUACGGUGAUAAUAAUAAAUACGGUGAUAAUAAUAAAUACGGUGAUAAUAAUAAAUACGGUGAUCACAAUAAUGAUUAUUAUUAUAAUAACAUUUUAUCUUUUCAAAAUAAACCACUUUGUUAUAAUAACCAAUUAAAAAAAUAUGAUAGUAAAAUUAUAAAAUUAGAUGAAAAUAUUUUCAAUACUUUAAAAGAGGAAAAUGAAAUGGGUUCUAAUAAUGGUAAGGAUAUAAGUACCGAAAGUUCAAAAGACGAAAGAUCCAAUGUAAAUAUGGAUGAUAUAUAUAGUGAUAACUUCUUAAAUGCGGAAAGUUCUAUAAAUUCAAACAAAGUAAGUCCUAUAAUAUUAUCCGAUGAAAAUAAGAAACUGUCAAAUUUUUUAAAAGAAAAAAAGAGAGAAUACCAAAAAAUUAUAUCAAGUAAUAAAAAGGAGGAUGUGCUUAAUAUAUUGAGUGACGCAAAUAAUGAAGACAACACACAAAAAGAAAUUAAUAAUAAUAAUAAUAAUAAUAAUAAUAAUAGUAAUAAUAAUAAUAGUAAUAAUAAUAAUAGUAAUAAUAAUAAUAGUAAUAGUAAUUUAUAUGGUUAUGAUAAUAACAAAUUUGUUCCUCCAUGUACAAAAGGACAAAAUAUAAAUGGAACACAUAUGUUUACACAAGAAGAUGAUAACAAAAAAGAUGAAAAGAAAUAUGGUAUUCAUUAUUCCAUAAAAAAGAAUACCAAAAUAUACAGAGAAGAUAUGAAGAAUUAUAAAAAGUCAACUAAUAGUAAGAAUAAUUCUUUAUUACAUGAUAAUAAGAAAAAGAAAAAGAAAAAGAAAAAAAAAAAAAAUAAAAAUAAAAAUAAUAAAAUGAAUAAUAACAUUUAUAAUAAUAUGAAAAACAAAAUGAAGGAAAUUUUUAAUUUUAUGAAUAACAUAUAUAACAAUAAACAAAUAAAUAAUUGUUAUGAAGAUCAUUUCCCUUUUUUUUUACUACCAAAAGAAGAUAGCAUGAUAUUAGAAAACAUGGAAUUAUAUUUAUCAUCAAAGUAUAAUAAAGAAAGUUCCCAUAAAAGCUGUAACCCUACUAAUAAUAUACAAGAAUACAAUAAUAAAUACAUAAAUGAUGAGAAUGAUAUAGAUAAUUUAACAAACAUACAAGAUAGUAUUUCAUCCUUUGGAAAGAAAUUAAAUUAUAUUAACGAGAGUAAUGAAACCAUAAGAAAUUAUAGUAUAAACAAUUUAUGUAAAAUUAUGAAUGAAGAUAACCAAAAAGGAUUUAAUAAAAAUUCGUUUAUAUAUAAUGAUAAAAAUAAAAAUAUAAAUUAUAAAGGGGAAAAUAAUAUGAAUAUACAUAAUUCGAAUGUAUAUGAAAAUAAAUAUGAAAUGAAUUUUGAUAAUAAAAAUGAAAAAUUCAAUAUUCCAAAUAAAAGGUAUAUAUAUUUAAAUGGUGAUGAUUCUAAUUAUAAGAAAAAAAAACAGAGAACAAACAAAAAAAAAAUACAGAAUAAUUCUAAUAUAUCUAAUAAUAUAUAUACAUCAUCAUCUGUAGGUUGUCCACAUUGCACAUGUAUUACUCAUAAAAAUAUAUCUAUGACAAGAGGCAAAACAUAUUCUUAUUAUUCAGAUGAAUCAAAUCAACAUACAAAUAAUUUGAUUAAAUUUAUGAAUCCAAAAACUAUCAUGAGCAAUAAAUUGAUUUCUAAUUUUAUAGACAUUGACAGGAACCCUAUUUUUGUACCUGCCUAUAAUCAACGUUAUGGAGUUUUGUCAGACGUUGAGGAAGUAGAACAAAAAGAAAAAAAAAAUAAUAAUAAUAAAAAAAUAAAAAAAAUAAAAAAUAAAAAAAAAAAUAAAAAAAAAAAAAAUAAAAAAAUAAAUAAAAAAAUAAAUAAAAAAAUAAAUAAAAAAAUAAAUAAUGGAACAGUCAAGUUAACCUUUGAUGAAAAUGUAAAUAAGACCUCAUUCGAGAAAGAUAAGGAAAACAUAUUAGAUGAUACAAUAAUAAAUAAUAAUGAUGAUAAUAAUAAUGAUAAUAAUUAUUUAUGUAUGGAUACUAUUAUGAGCACAAGUAAUAAUUCACAUUCAUGUAAUGAUUCCGAUUUAAAAAGAUACGAUAAAAAAAAUGAUCAUGUAACAGAUAGUUUUAAAAAUAAUAAGAACGAUAAAGAACUCUGUAAAAAUAAAAAUCUGCUAUGUAAUAAAAAGGAUAGAAAUAAAAAUAAAAUGAUAACAGAAGGAAUAAAGGAUGAUAGUAAUAUAGAAAAAAAAAGGAAAAGAGGAAACCAUCAAAAAUAUGAGGAAGUUGGAAAUGAUAUAAAUCAAAAGAAAAGAAAAGAUAAGGAAAGUUUAUUAUAUGUUAAUAAUAAUAAUAAUGAUCAAAUUAAUGAUAUAAUAUUGAAUGAUGUACAUCAUAUCAAGAAAUAUGAAUUAAGAAGACAAAAAAAAAUAACAUAUAUUUUACCAUCAUUAAAUAAAAAAUUAAGAAGAGAUAGCUGCAGAUUAAUAUUUGAUCCCUUUGGAUACAAUAAUACAUGGAAAAUUAAAACAACUUAA